CCCCGAAGAUGGACGGCCGACCCUCGUGGGACACCCCUCUGCAGUUUGUCCUGGCCUGCGUGUCCUAUGCCGUGGGACUCGGCAAUGUCUGGCGCUUCCCAUACCUCUGUCAAAUGCAUGGAGGAGGUGGCUUCAUCAUCCCUUACCUGAUCAUGCUGGUUCUCGAGGGUGUGCCCCUCUUCUACAUGGAGCUUGCAGUGGGUCAGAAGAUGCGUUUGGGCAGCAUUGGGGCCUGGAGUGCCAUCAGCCCCUACCUUGGGGGCGUGGGUGUAGCGAGUGUGGUGACGUCGCUGUACCUGUGCUUGUACUACAAUGUGAUCAUCGCCUGGGCCUUCUGGUACCUUUUUCAUUCAUUUCAGGCAACGCUGCCCUGGGCUGAGUGCCCCGGCAACGAGAAUCUGACGGGCGUCCUGCAGGAGUGUGAGGCCAGCUCCCCCACCCAGUACUUCUGGUACAGGGAGACGCUGAACAUCACGUCCUCCAUCGAGGAGGGUGGUGGCUGGCACCGGGGCCAAGCACUGUGCCUCCUGCUUGCCUGGGCAGUUGUCUACCUGUGCAUCAUCAAAGGGGUCGCGUCCACAGGAAAGGUGGUAUAUUUCACUGCCACUUUCCCCUACUUGGUCCUCAUUAUUUAUUUGAUCCGUGGAGUCACUCUGCACGGAGCUCUUAAUGGCCUCAAGUACAUGUUCACACCAAAGAUGGAGCAGCUGGCCAACCCCAUGGCAUGGAUCAAUGCUGCUACCCAGAUAUUCUACUCCCUGGGCCUGGGCUUUGGAUCCCUCAUUGCUUUUUCCAGCUACAAUGAGCCACACAACAACUUCGAACAGCAGGCCAUCGUGGUGUCCAUCAUCAACAGCGGCACCUCCAUCUUUGCUAGCAUCGUCACCUUUUCCAUCUAUGGCUUCAAGGCCACAUUCAGCUAUGAAAGUUGCCUGGAAAGGAUGAGAACGCUCCUGUUAAACACCUUCGAUUUGGUCGAGGACAGCAUCAACAAAGAAAACAUCAACCACUGGAUGACAGAGCUGAACAGAACCGAUCCAGGAAGGUUUUCCAGCUUGUCCACCCAGCUUCAGAGCUGCAACUUGGAAGCUGAAUUAGAUACGGCUGUGGAAGGUACAGGCUUGGCAUUCAUUGUGUACAGUGAAGCCAUCAAGAACAUGCCUAUAUCUCAGCUGUGGUCCGUGCUCUAUUUCUCGAUGCUGCUGAUGCUGGGGGUGGGGAGCAUGCUGGGAAAUGUGACUGCCAUCACUACCCCACUACGUGACUUCAAAUUCCUGUCAAGGCGCCUCAGCAGUGAAGCCCUCAACGGGCUGGUUUGCCUCCUGUGCCUGUUGCUCAGCCUGGGCUUUACCACGCGCUCAGGGAGCUACUGGUUUGCGAUCUUCAAUGACUACGCCUGCACCUUCUCCCUGCUCUUCAUUGUGCUCAUUGAGAUCAUUGGUGUCUGCUACAUCUAUGGACUGACACGGUUUGAACAGGACAUUGAGGACAUGAUUGGCCACCGGCCACACUGGUACUGGAAGGUGGUGUGGGCUGUGCUGGGCCCGCUCAUCAUCGUUGGACUGUUCCUCUUCUACGUUAGCAGCUACAUCAUGGGAGGAACACCCACCUACCAGGCGUGGGACAAGGACCUGGGGAAGGCCAUUGCAAAGACGUACCCGGUGUACGCACAGGCGUUCAUCGUUCUGCUCCUGCUGUCCUCCAUGAGCUGCGUGCCCCUUGUGGCCUUCCUCUCGUACUGUAAGAGCAAGAAGGAGCCUCAAGAACAGGUUGUCAGCUGCCCUUUGAACUCCAAAGAGGCAUCUUAAAAGUGGGAUGUAUGUCAUGGUCUUCCGCUCUCUGGAGGGACUGCCAGCAGGUUUCCAUGCUUUGAGCAGAAGCCCAAACUGGAAUGAAAGCUCAGCUCCACACAGCUGAAAAUGGAUUGUAAUUGACACACGUUUAUUGUGUGCAUCUUUUAUGCAUAAACGGAAUGUGCUGUACAGCACUCUGCG